AUGGCAGAUUCAACUGAGUCCGAACCUCAGCAGACCGAAGCAGUGUGCAAUUUUUUUAGAAAGCCGACGAAGAACAAGAAUAUUAGAAAGAGAACGAUUGAGGAAGAUGAAGAUGAGGAUUCAAAAACUGAAACCUCUCUUUUACAUGGUCAGAAAAAAGCCUCGAAGGCUGACAAUAAGCUCUACUUUUCGACUGGACCAUCAAAGAAGUCUGAAUCAAAUGCAGAACCUGAAAGGCGGGUUUUUCAAUUUGAGUCUUCGAAGGAAAUUCAAGUUCAGCAUGAUAGUAGAGCGACUGCAACUCUAGAAACUGAGACUGAGUUUUCGAAAGAUGCUCGGGCCAUUCGUGAGAGAGCUCUAAAGCAAGCUGAGGAGGCUUUGAAGGGUAAAAAACCGAGUUCUGGUGAAGAAAAGUUGUAUAAGGGGAUGCAUGGGUAUACUGAUCAUAAAGCUGGGUUUCGAAGAGAGCAAACAAUUGCAAGUGAGAAAGCUGGUGGAUCACAUGGACCUCUUAGAGCUUCUGCUCAUAUCAGGGUGUCAGCAAGGUUUGAUUAUCAACCAGAUAUAUGUAAGGAUUACAAAGAAACUGGUUACUGUGGGUAUGGAGAUUCGUGCAAGUUUAUGCAUGAUCGAGGGGAUUACAAGUCUGGGUGGCAGAUGGAGAAAGAAUGGGAAGAGGCAGAGAAAUCAAGGAAGAGAAAUUUGGCUUUGGGAAUGGAUGAUGAGGAAGAAGGAGGUGUAGGGCAGAGAAACGAUGAUGAUGAUGAAGAUGAGUUGCCGUUUGCUUGUUUCAUUUGUAGGGAGCAAUUUGUGGAUCCCGUCGUGACUAAAUGCAAACACUAUUUCUGUGAGCAUUGCGCUUUAAAGCAUCAUGCGAAGAACAAGAAGUGUUUUGUGUGCAAUGAACCAACUCUUGGCAUUUUCAACACGGCUCAUGAAAUACGCAAAAGGAUGACUGAAACGGGAGUUCAAGCUCUUAUAGGUUCCGUACUGCACUUUAUACGUGGCAUUAGCCAUACUGAGGAGAUUAGAGUUGAUCUGUAUGCAGGAUUAGAUCGUGGGUUGCAUCUAGUUGCCUAA